GAAGCCAUAGUUGUAUACCUUGUGAAUUAUAUUGUGUUCCACUUUAAAAUUUGCUUAGUUAUUAUUAUUAGUAAGAGUGCAGCAUGGCAGCAACAACAAAGAGCAUUGUAGAUGUUGAAUAUCUGAAACAGAUUGAGGGUGCUCGUAAAGACCUUCUUGAUCUUCUCCAGAAGAACAAGAAGUUUUCUCCCAUUGUCCUUCGUUUAGCAUUUCAUGAAGCAGGUACUUAUGACGCUAAAACAAAAACAGGAGGUCCAAAUGGUUCGAUUAGAAAUGAGUUGAACAACCCUGCUAACAACGGUAUCAAAGUUGGUAUUGAUUUUUGUGAGCAAGUGAAGGGUAAAUACCCCAAGGUUACUUAUGCUGACUUUUACCAGCUUGCUGGAGUGCUCGCUGUUGAAGUUACUGGAGGACCUAAGAUCCCGUUUUUCCCGGGUCGACCUGAUGCCCCAAAUAACCAAGACAGUGGAGCUCUUCCAAACCCCAAUGGAGAUGCCAAGCAUCUCAAGGAUAUAUUUUACCGAAUGGGCUUGAACGAUAGGGAUAUCGUUGUUCUAUCAGGGUCUCACACACUGGGUCGAGCAAAUCAGGAUAGGUCAGGAUUUGAUGGGCCAUUCACAGAGGAUCCUUUCAAAUUCGAUAAUUCCUACUAUGUAAACUUGAGGAAGAGUGAUACCCCUGGACUGGUGAAAUUCCCGACUGACAAAGUUCUGGUGGAGGAUCCUUCUUUCAGUCGCUAUGUUCAACUCUAUGCUAAGGAUGAGAAGGCUUUCUUCGCACACUAUGCUGAAUCACACAAGAAGAUGUCGGAGCUCGGGUUUCGCCCACCUACCCCUGCAGUCAAAGCUUGAAGAUCCAUGUAAUACUCCUUAUGAUGGAUGCUCCUGUUCCUUCUUCUUUGCUACUUAAUUAAUUACAUCUCCUUAAUUGUCCUGAUCGACUUUGUAUUUGGGACUAAUGUUUUAAGUUUAAUAAUUCCCAGGAGUUGUACUAGCUAGUCUUAAUUAAUUGUGUACUACUAUUCUAUACAAAUAUGUAUUAUGUACUGAUAUUGUUGAAUGCUAAUCUAUUUACUUUCUCAUAA